AUGAAUAUUAACCUUUUCUCUCUCUCUUCCUCCCUCUUUCUAUCUCUGUCUCUCUCUCUGAAGGAUGUGCCGGAUUUUGGGCCAGACAGGAACUGGAAAGGUAUCGCCAUCUCUCUGCUGGUCAUCAUGGUCAUACUGUCACUCAUUGGACUGGCCAUCAUUCUUCUUUCCAAAAAUGAUGGCGCGAAGUCUUUAGGCACCCAAUUGACACUGGAUGACCUCUUUCAACGAGAGUUCCAGGUGCAUGACCCUGAUGCUAAGUGGAUCAAUGAUGAGGAAAUCAUUUUCAGGAGCUGGGACGGUGAUGUGUUCAAAGCCAACACACAGAGCAAUGAGACAGACCUCUUACUAAAAAACACCACUUUUGCAACAUUUAAGGCCUCCAAGUUUGCAGUUUCUCCAGAUCUAAACUUUGUUCUUCUGGGCUAUGACGUGAAACAGGUGUACCGGUACUCUUUCCUGGCAUCCUACUUGAUAUACAACCUGCAUACAAGGGAGGUACAGGAGCUGAACCCUCCAGAGGUGUCGGACUCGGUCCUGCAGUUUGCUUCCUGGGGCAUUCGGGAUCAACAGCUGGUGUAUGUCUUUGAAAACAACAUUUACUACCAGACGGAUGUGAAAAGCAGUUCUUGGAGACUGACGUCUUCAGGACAAGAAGGAGUUGUCUUCAAUGGCAUCGCUGAUUGGUUAUAUGAAGAGGAAGUGCUGCACUCUCAAGUGGCUCACUGGUGGUCCCCUGACGGGUCACGACUGGCCUACCUCAACCUCAACGACACUCUGGUACCCAACAUGCUCCUGCCUCGCUUCACUGGCACCCUCUACCCCAGGGGCCAACUGUACCCUUACCCCAAGGUGGGGCAGGUCAAUCCCACAGUUAAGCUUUACGUUGUCACCUUGGAUGGGGGAUCCCAGACAACUGAAUUGCGACCUCCCAACAGCUUUGAAAAAAGUGACUACUACAUAACCAUGGUGAAAUGGGUCACAGAGGAGAAGAUUGGUGUGCGCUGGUUGAACCGAGCCCAGAACACCUCCAUCCUGUCGCUAUGUGAGGUCACUAUGGGGGCAUGUCUAAAAAAACAUGUGAUUACAUCAGAGAAGUGGCUUGAUCGUCAGAAUGAAGAGCCAUUGUUUUCCAAGGAUGGGAAUACCUUCUUCCUGACCAUGCCAAUAAAACAUGGCGGACGAGGGUCAUUCCACCAUAUCACCAUGAUAUCUGACCAGUUCAAUGGUGAUGAGGUCAACAUGCGCCACCUAACCUCUGGCAGCUGGGAGGUGUCUCAGAUCCUGGAGUAUGAUGAGAAAGCAGAUACAGUUUAUUUCCUUAGCACAGAAGAUAGUUCAAUACAAAGACAACUGUACAGGGUGUCGGCGGUAAACCCAUUUCAACGUGAAUGCCUGACCUGCUCCCUGUUCAAAACACAAUGCUCCUACUACGAUGCAGUCUUCAACCAAGACUAUCAAUAUGUCCUGCUGAACUGUAGAGGUCCUGGUAUACCAAGAACCACCCUUUACAAACUGAAUGACAUGAGCAAGAAUGACACUUUGGAGAAGAACACUGCACUAAGAGAUGCACUGAUAUAUAGGAAUAUACCAAGGAGAGAUAUCAGGACCCUACAAAUCAACAACUUUGCACUUCGUCUGGAGCUGACCUUGCCAAUAGAUUUUGAUGAGGCCACAGCGCAUCCACUUCUGCUGAUCCUUGACAGUGCCCCCGGUGGCCAGGCGGUGAGUGACCAGUUUGUUCUUGACUGGGACUCUGUUCUGGUCAGCUCGGAUAACGUCAUUGUGGCUCGCCUGGACGGCAGUGGGAGUGGGUUCCUGGGCCAGCGGGUCCUACAUGAAGUCCACCAGCGUUUGGGAACUGUGGAGGUGCAGGACCAGAUCGCAGCAGUAGAGUACCUGACCAAGCUGCCAUAUGUGGAUAAAAAUAAGGUUGCUGUUUAUGGAAAGGCUUAUGGGGGUUUCCUGAGCUCUCUUCUACUCCUCUCCUCUGGCUCCAUGUUCAGAUGUGGGGUUGCAGUUGCUCCCGUGACAGACUGGAGACUCUACGGUUCGGCCUUCACUGAGCGUUACUUUGGGUUUCCGGUCCAGGAUGAGCGUAAAUACCAACUCUCCAGUCUGCUUCACAACAUCACAGGCACAGGUCAACGGAAGUUUCUCAUCAUCCAUGGAACAGCAGAUGCCACUGUUCAUUUCCAGCAUUCCGCGGAGCUGGUGAAACUUCUGUCAAUAUCAAACGUUAACUACACUCUGCAGAUCUUCCCGGACGAAGGCCACAACAUUUACUCUGUGAAGAGCCAACGCUACUUGUUGAACUCUGUCAUAACCUUCUUCAGGGAAUGCUUCCUAGUGGAAAACCCUGUUGCUCAUCCUGUGUCUGAGGAUGACUAG